AUGAACGAAGGACGAACUUAUCUGUCACAACUUUACGUUGUUCCUGCAGUUGACGCAGUUGACGCGGGCAAAGGUCAGUUGGAAAUUAGCGUGAAUCAAGGAAAAGUACCAAAUAAUGUACAAAUGCAAGGUGCAGGUCGGUGUUUGGUUACUUUUAUUCCGCAAUAUCCCGGAAAAUACGUCAUUGAUGUGACUUUUAAUGGAGAACAAGUUCAAGUUAAUUUAAUUAGUGCGCAAUAA